GUCAGGAACCCAAUAAUGCAACCUCUUCUCUCUAAGUCAGGAUGCUGCAAACCUCCAACAGCAUGCGGCUACAACUAUGUAAACCCCACCGUAUGGGUAAACCCUAGCAAUCCUGGUGCAGACCCAGACUGCUACGCAUGGAGCAACGACCAGAGCCAGCUCUGCUACGGAUGCAACUCCUGCCAGGCCGGAACUCUUGGCAACAUUCGCAAAGAAUGGAGAAAAGCCAACAUUGCCCUAAUUGUCGCUACCGUUGCUCUUAUUGUUGUUUAUAUUAUUGGAUGCAGUGCUUUCAAGAAUGCUCAGACUGAGGAUCUCUUCCGCAGGUACAAACAAGGGUGGGUUUAGGAUUAGUUCAGUGCAAUGUGUGCUUGUUUGUGGUUUUGUUAUGUGUUAUGAGUCUCUAGCCGUUUGGCUUUAUUGUUUGGUAGGAAAUUUUCUUAUGAAGUAUGUGCUUGUUGUAAAUGUUGCCAUGUAUUUGCUACGAAUUGAUGUAAUCGAGACAAUGGUUUAUCUGCUUUGCAUUUUAUCUCUUAUGAUUGUUAAUUGCAAAAUGGAGAUAUUCCUGGGAAA